UGUGUUAUAUAUAUAUAUAUGCUUCCUUCCAAAACCUACCAGAUGAACAUAUGUAUGAGAUCAUUACUUUUGCUACAUCUUCUCACAUGCACACGCCAGCUUUAAUUCCCAUAUGCAUGUCGACAAAGCUCUAGCAUCAUUCAGGUAGAUAGAUAGAAUUUAAAGUGAUGAUCUCACCUCCAUUUUGGCCUGCUCUCUAGCUAUCUUCCUCCAAGAUUCAUUACAUCACUGACGACAUGAUAUCAGUCUCAGAGGUCGUCUCAAGGACUUCACUAGCUAGUUAGCUAUCUAUAGCUAUAGAAUAUCUCAGCUCGAUCAUCCUCAUCUGUGGACCAAGAUCAUCUCAAUUAAGGACUUCGCCAUGGAUAUUAUCGGUACAAGCAAGGGAAACGGUGGAGGAUCAUCUAGCAACGAUGAUAUAAGCAGCAGCACGGUGGAGGAAGGAGGAGGCCAUCAUCAUGAUGAUCAGGAUACUAAGGCCGGAGAUCUCUCGACAUCUUCGACAUCGGUGCGCCCCUACGUCCGGUCCAAGAACCCCCGGCUCCGGUGGACGCCGGAGCUCCACCUCUGCUUCCUCCGUGCCGUCCAAAGGCUCGGCGGCCAAGAUCGUGCAACUCCUAAGCUCGUUCUUCAGUUGAUGAACGUCAGAGGGCUUAGCAUAGGCCAUGUCAAGAGCCACCUCCAGAUGUACCGGAGCAAGAGGAUCGACGACUCGGGCCAGAGUAUGUUUAUAGGUGGUCAUAUUUCCUUUCCUCGUGCCUUCCAUCAUGGUCAGAGUGGCGCCGUCACCAUGUUGUCAAGGUUUGGCACUACUCCAUGGAGAAGCAGCUUCCAUGAACAACCACCCUGGCUCCAUGGCCACCAGCACUUUCCUGGAUCAAAACCCUACUACUCCUUCUCCUCUGCAGCUCAAGCCGGCCAACAUUUAGCUAGGGGAGCUGCUUCAUCCAGCAAUCCAGAUCAACUGAUGAUGCAAUUGGGCCGUACUCCAUCUCCAAAUGAUCAUUAUACCAUGAACCACCACCAACAACAGAAACGAUUGGAGCCGCAAUCGACGGUUGAGAACAGCGAUGAUGUCCAUGCCCCUCUCGAUCUCGAUCUCUCCCUCGGUGUCGCCAUGCCACGACAGGAAACGAAGCGGAGGAGAUCUGCAGGAUGCAUCUGGGUGAAAGAUGGAAAUGUUGGCAAGAUUAGUGGCGAUGAAGAAGAAGAGGAUGAGAGUACUGCCACUAUGCUAUCUCUGUCCCUGUUCUCUCGAUCCUAGCUAGGAAUAUGAGUAGAACUAGUGGUGCUAAUGAUCAUACAGUAGCAGUAUAUGCAAGGAGAGAAAUUCAGUACUGAUGAUCUCUCACCAUAUGAUCAGCGAUGUAAUAUGUUAAUAGAGGAACAUAUAUGUGUACCCGUAUAUGUUAUAUCAUAAUCAUUUUAGUUAUCUUACAGUUAAUUUUACUUGAUCCGAUUUAUA